GAAAAGAGUCAAUCUAUCAACCGCAAUACCUCUAACAAAGCUCAUUGCAGCGCAGCUAUCGAGCUCCAAAAUGGCUCCCACCAUCCACUUCAUCACCGGCAAUGCGAACAAGCUGAAGGAAGUCAAGGCUAUCCUGGAGCCGCAGAUUGAGGUUCACAACCAGCCGCUGGAUCUUGAGGAGAUCCAGGGAACGAUUGAAGAGGUUGCCGAUUCGAAAUGCCGUCGAGCUGCUGACUUGGUAAACGGACCGGUGCUUGUUGAAGACACAGCGCUCUGUUUCAAUGCUCUCGGAGGCUUACCUGGGCCCUACAUCAAGUGGUUUCUGGAUAGGACUGGUCAUCAAGGCCUGAACAACCUUCUUGCGGCAUACGAGGAUAAGUCCGCAGAGGCCGUUUGCACAUUUGCAUACUCGCCAGGACCUGGCCGUGACCCAAUCAUCUUCCAAGGACGGACGCCGGGUCGGAUUGUGCCUGCACGAGGCCCUUCGAAGUUUGGCUGGGACCCGGUAUUUGAGUUUGAAGGGAAGACUUAUGCCGAGAUGGAGUCUGCGGAGAAGAACAAGAUAUCGCAUCGUGCUCGAGCUCUGAAGAAGCUGCAGGCGUGGUUUGAGAGCCAACAGGAGACGGCAUAAUGAUAGACAGUUUGGUCAUGUAUUGGAUGAAACCAAAUGGUGGUUGGCAAAGUAAAUGUGCAAAAUGAGCUAUAGAAGGAAUAUUAUUUCUCUCUCACAC